AACUGUUAAUGUUCGCGAAGUCUGCCUGGUUAAAACAUUGAAAGUAUUACGACGUGUCGUGUAGUGUUAUUAUUGAUUAUAUACGUAAUAUUAGGCAUUAUUACAGUGUGUAAAAAGUCGGUCAGAACUUUCUUCCUUUUAACAUUACCGAUGAUGCUAGUGAAACGUAUAAAGCGGCAGGUUUUUCUGCCGGAUUAGGGCGUAGACGAUCCAAGGCAUUUUCUAUGCCUAACGUGCUGCGGCGUGUCGUGUGUAACCGAAGAGUGCUGACACUUAACGAAGCGGGCCGAAGGUAGUCGAAGGCUGGCGAACCCGUACCAAGGGGUACUGGGGUUACCGAAAACUACCGAAGAAUCCCGAGCGGAGAUAAAUUAGAGCGCCGAGCCUUCAGUUCGGUCUAAACGCCGGUCGGUGUUGGAUGUUUGGUAUUAUACCAAUAAGUGAAUGUGCGGUUGUUUGAUAAAUCGUGUCAGUGCGUCGGAAUAAAUCCGAGAAAAAUGUCUGUGUCUUCGGACAUGAGUUUGAUGGAACUUUUGUUCGAUAGAGAAGAUCCUCUAUUGAAGGAUUCCAUUAAGGAGGAGGCUCUGAUGGAGGAGAGCUGUCGAGAUGACGCUAUCGUUACAGAAGAAUGGCCCACGAAUCCUGAUGACUUCCUGGAUUCCAUUUUUAAGCUGGAUAAUCAAUUCAGCCUCAUUGACAACAAUGAACUCGAAGCUAUACCAUCUUCAUCCUCUGACAGUGGACUAUCCAGCGCUCUAAGUUUGUCAUGCGAACAACAACUGAGUCCUUUACUCACAAUAGAAGAGGACCAGAUGGAAUUUGCAGAAUCAGAGAUUAGCAGUCCCCAAAACUUUGUUGACUUCGACAGUCUUGGCAGUCCGAAUCAAUCCUUAACAAGUAUGGACAGCCCUGUCAGAUCUGUUUUCAGCAGCAAUAUGGGUUCGCCAAUUAUUGAGGAUAAUAUCGACGAGAUGGAGUUUCAGCCAACUGUUGUUGGCUUAGUUAACACCAAUGAGCCUUUGGUUAACCAGGAGUCACAACAGCACAUUAAGUUCAAUGUCACAUCAAAGCCAGCACAAGUACAAACACCAUCGGCACAGGAAGCCACUUUGAACCUACGUAAUCUGACAUGCAACGGGAAGCGAAAUAUUAGACAACUGAUUCGUGUGACUCCAGUCGGCUCAGGCAAUCCGAGAUCAAUCUUGCUGCCUGUCAGCUUGAAGGACAUGAAGGAGGUUAGAACGAUAAAAAUCAUCAACGCGUCGCAGGCACGAAAUCUUAAAGGUUUUAAGAUCAACCAUGGUAGCGUAAUCGGGAAGUCACUUUCUGCGAGUCAUCCGCAGCAGCAAACUCAUCUCGCUGGCAAUGUACCAGGCGCGAUACGCUGUCGUAGUUCACUGCAGUCAUUCGACAUCGUCUCUGAACAGAUUGGUAUUAAACAGCAGGAUGAUUCUGGGAGCGAGAAGGGCGGCAAUUCCAGCGACGAGGUGUCUGAAACCGAUUCGCCUUAUCCUAGACUGAAAUUGAAUUCUGAAGAGAAGAGGUUACUCCAGAAGGAGGGUAUCACGUUGCCCAGUCACUAUCCACUGACAAAACAUGAAGAACGCGAACUCAAGAGGAUCAGACGUAAGAUCCGCAACAAGAUUUCUGCUCAAGAUUCGCGUAAACGGAAAAAGGAAUACGUUGAUGGCCUUGAGGAUAGGGUCAAACAGUGCACUGAGGAGAAUAUGACGUUAUUAAAGAGGAUCAAGGCACUUCAGACACAAAAUCAGAGUCUUGCCGGUCAACUCAAACGACUUCAGGCUCUCAUACAAAAAGGGAAUAAAAGUGCUCAGCCUGCCACCUGUCUAAUGGUUCUCUUACUGUCACUCGCACUCGUCGCUGUGCCUAACCUUCGACCUCAUUCUGGAUCCAACAGUAAUGACCUCGCACAGGAUCAGGAACAGCCCGAGAAGAUGCCUCCGUUAGCAGGUCGUUCCCGAAGCUUGCUGUUCACCAAGCAGCUGAUGGAUGAAGAACUUCAACAGUACGGCGAAGAGUUGCUACAGGAAGUUGAAGGUUUAUUGGAUCAUGACUACAGUCCAGUUGUGCAAGUGCCGCCUCACAAACGUGCACGCUAUGAAGUUGAACCGGGACCGAAGUAUAGCCCGAGUUCAGAUCACGUGGGUGGGACGCUUCUUGGCCUCAAAACUGAACGGAACUAUAUAGAACCGCCGUUGGACGAUGUAUGGCCUCCACCACCACCGCCAGAACCGCCAACAAUUGGUAAAAAUGGGCUAAAAACAGUGGAUAAGUUAGAAGCCCUCACGAACGAACUCAAGAUUAAUAUUUCGGAUGCUGACGGGACCAGGACGGUUCUGCUUAAAGUUCCAAAUAGCGAACAGUGAGUUUCUUACCGAAAGUUAAAUUCGAUAUUUUUGUCUAGGGUGGCGGAAUUGAACGUUUUACUUGUGUGUGCUGCUGGAGUGAAUUUUUCUUGAAAUUUUAGUUCCCAGCCGACUAGAUUCGGUUUUUUAUUCCGAAUUGGGAAUUUUUAACGGCUGAUCUCUGACAGUUUUAUGAUGGGAGUGAAUGAGGAAAAAAAUGUACAUAUUACUCGUAGAUUAAGUAUCACUCGGAAACGGUAAUAAUAACAACGAGCAAGCUGUCAUCGUACUGUUAUUAUCAAUGCAAUUUUAAAUACAAUUAUGAAUUUUAUUCGUGUAUAAUUUAUAUCCAUAGUUAGUAUGCGCAGAGUUGAUUAAAGAAGAGGAGGAGUAUACAGAGAUAUAUAAGAUGUAUGCACAUAUAUCUACACGAAGUGUAUAUUAUAUGAAGUUGCUGUAGGAGGAGAUCCUAAUUUUUUUUCCUAUUAAUUACGGUCAAACCGACUUGUAUAUCUUCGUGUAAAUAUAUCGACUUACAUAAAUUUUUAAUGUAUGUUAAUGUAGUUGGUAAGUCACUGAGCGAGAUUGAAAAGAGACAAGCAACAAUGCCUUAGCGAAUGCAAAUGCGUUAUAAAUGUUUUUCGUAAGCGUAUAUAGGUAUAUAUAAUAGUACAUGAAAAAAGAAAUACAAUUAACGUUUUGCAAAUCUGAAAAUAAUGUACGACUACAACUGUCUCAUUGCUUUGUGUUGAUUUGUAAUAUCGUAUUAUAUCGUGACAUGUUUAAGAGGAUAUAAAACGCGAUUUUGAAGUAAAGAGAGAUAUAAACGAAAAAUUAUAAAGAUAAGGGAAAGCACCAGAAAAAAGCAAAAAGUGAAAUCACGAAAAGAAUGCCAGAAUAAAUGGUGAAAGUGUAUUCUUACGGAUUGAGACUGUAUUAAUCAUCGAAACGCGAAUAUUCAUACUUAAGAUUUUCGUUAUUUUACAAUUCGUUGUUUUAAGAUUGACGAGGAGGAUCAUUAUUUUUCUAUUAUAUUAAAAGAAUUUUCCAUUCCUCUCGCCUCAUGUCUAAUACCCAAUUUGUGAAAUGUACACCUAUUUGUAAAUAAAUAUACGUCGCAUACAUGUACACAUAUAUACAUAGAUAUUGCAUAUUGUAAUAGAUAAAUUGAUAUUCGCCACUGAACGGUGAGUGCUUAUGAAAAAUGGUUGAAAUGAGAUAUAUAUAUAUAUAUGGGGUGAGUUUUCCUAGACUUCGAAUCUGGGAGGAACCCUCGUAUGUGUUAGGCGUCCUAUUCUUUAAUCAAAUUACCUCCGCCCUCUGGUUAAUGUGAAAUUAACACGAAAAUUUGAAUGACUCUGUAAGCGAGGCAUUGAUGAGAUUUUAUAGUCGGUUGUUGACAGAGAACUGAGUGAACUAUUUGAAUAGAAAAUUGUCGUGUGGAUCAGUAUCCUGACAUGUUUAUAAUAUCAUAUCAAGCACACCUUGUCUGUAGGUGGGGGUAAUCUGUUUAAAAAAUAAUGUCGUUUUAUAGAUACGGAGGCUCCUAUCAGAUGAAAUAUUUACAUGAAACAUGAGAAAAAGUUUUACAUCACGUUCUAUACCGUAAUUCUAUAGUGUAUAGGUCAUAUGGUCGUAAUUAUACAUUCCUAUUAGCGACAAUUUAACAAAAAUAGAGUAGCAUCUAUUUUUGCACAUAUUAGCCGGAAGAGGAUGACGGUGUUCUAAGUCUAUAAUUCUAAUUCAGAGAUAGAUAAAACGUGUAGAGAUAUUGAAUAAAGGUUAUAACGGAU